GCGGCGCCCCUCUCCCGAAUGCUGACCACCGUGAAGCCCUGCAACCCCUUCCUGAGACCUGAGCUCCCUGCCUCACGGAGAGGCAUUAGACAAAGCAGAUGAGAAAGUUUUGAAGAGUACUUGCACCGCAUGGAGACAGAGGAGGCCCAGGAAAUGGCCCAGAUGCCAGGCAGGGACAGCCCCCCUGCCAAUGAAGCGUCCGAGGAGGCAGAGGAGCCCAUGGCGGUCCCCGAGGACCUGUCAGCCAGCUCCACCCACCAGCAGAACAACAGAGGAGACAAAGCCUGUAACAUUAAAGUUGAGGCUCGCAGUGAUGAGGAGAAUGGGCUGGCCUGUGACAUGAAUGGCGUGGAGGAGGAGGAGGGCGCGGAAGACUUGCGCGUGAUCGAUGCCUCGGGGGCCAAGGUGAACGGCUCACAGCCGAGCCCCGAAGCAAAGGCCUUCUCCUCGGCCGGCGGUAUCCGGCUGCCCAACGGGAAGCUCAAGUGCGAUAUCUGUGGGAUAGUUUGCAUUGGUCCCAAUGUGUUGAUGGUGCACAAGCGAAGCCACACUGGAGAACGUCCUUUCCAGUGCAGCCAGUGCGGUGCCUCUUUCACCCAGAAGGGCAACCUGCUGCGUCACAUCAAGCUGCAUUCAGGGGAGAAACCCUUCAAGUGUCACCUGUGCAGCUACGCCUGUCGCAGGAGGGACGCCCUCACGGGCCAUCUACGCACCCACUCGGUUGGAAAACCCCACAAGUGUGCUUACUGUGGGCGGAGCUACAAGCAGCGCAGCUCACUAGAGGAGCACAAGGAGCGAUGUCACAACUACCUCCAGUGCAUGGGGCUGCAAAACAGCAUCUACACGGUAGUAAAGGAAGAAAGCAACCAGAAUGAGCAGAGGGAAGACUUAAGCCAGACGGGAUCUGACAGAGCCUUGGUGCUAGACAGACUAGCUAAUAAUGUAGCUAAACGUAAGAGCACUAUGCCACAGAAGUUUGUGGGAGACAAACGUCUGUCAGACCUCUCUUACGACGGAGGAAGUGGAGAGCUGAUUCAGCCCCACGUCAUUGACCAGGCCAUCAACAGCGCCAUCAGCUCUGGGGCCGAGUCUCUGCGGCCUCUGGUCCAGACCUCGCCGGCCUCUUCUUCUGAAGUGGCUCUCAGCUCCAUGUAUCCCCUCCACAAGCCGGCCAUAGAGGGCCACACGGGGACGGGCUUGUCAGCCAAAGACACUGCAGCUGAAAACUUGCUGCUGCUCUCUAACUCCAAGUCUGCCUCCAGCGAGAAGGACGGCUCGCCCAGCCACAGCGGCCAGGACUCCACGGACACCGAGAGCAACAAUGAGGAUCGUUCGAGCGCAGCGGCGCCCGGUCUCAUCUACCUGACCAACCACAUCACGUCGGGGGUGAGGAACGGUGUGCUGCCCCUGGUGAAGGAGGAGCAGCAGAGGCAGUAUGACGCCAUCCGGGCCAGCAUGGAGAUGGCCUCCGAGGGCUUCAAGGUGGUGACAGCAGACGGGGCGCAGGUGAGGGCGUACCGCUGCGAACACUGCCGGGUCCUCUUCCUGGACCACGUCAUGUACACCAUUCACAUGGGCUGCCACGGCUUCAGAGACCCCUUCGAGUGCAACCUCUGUGGCCACCGGAGUCAAGAUCGAUACGAGUUCUCCUCCCACAUAACACGAGGAGAGCAUCGCUUCUGAGGGCCAAUAACACACACAGUUUACACAGACAAACAGGUUGGAAAACAUGCCGCUCUCACUCACAGACAAGCACCUGCAAUAAAUGCAUAGAAAAAUGUGAUGUAAUAUACACUGUUGAUGUCUUGUGAUUUUAUACAAGGUAUGCAUGUUUGUUGACCACAGAUAAAGGUAUACAACUACUGAAAAAACAUUUAUUUUCAUUUCUGACACUGUGUACAAAAGGACCACCAGCUCAUCCAUCUUUUUUUAAAGAAGCAAAAUAUUGAAAACAAUACAGCAGAGUUACUGUGCCACAUUUUUCAUGAGUUCUAGAUCUUGUAUUUACCAUAUCAUAAAUGCCGUACUGCCAUAAAUAUAAUAUGUAUAAAUGUGUCUUUUGUUUUGGAAAACCAGGUAGCAAUUUUAUUUUAUUUUAUUUUUUACAUUUUAAAUAAGAUUUACAUGCUUUCUUUUACAAAUAUCUGUACUGAAUAACAGAAUAAAAUAUAUCUGCAUUUGUUUUCAGUGCAGGCAGACCUAUUGAAACAUCGGUAUUAAAUACAAUCAGUAAAAACUUAAUCAGUGUAGAUAAACCCACAGUUCCUCACAAGGUUUUAUCCUGUUCUUGCAUUUGUAAUAACCUACAUAGUAUUUAUAACAUUUACAUGCCUGUCUGUUUUUGUAUUUAUUACAGUGAUCGAUGUUUGUCUUAUAGAGUAGUAAAAGCUGCAUUUUUUUCUGUUCAACUGUACUAAAUAUGUAUGAGGUGAUCCAUGACUGCUGCUGGAAGCUAUUUUUAGUGUUAUCAGAGGAAGAUGUACUCCUGGACUGUUUGUUUCAUACAUGAUGGCGAAAAAUUGUUUGACUCAUUAAAUGAAAAUGAAGAAGACUUCAUUUGAAGGGAGCCUUAUGCUUGCAAAAUAUCAAUAAAGGAUAUUUUAUAUAUGCA